AUGCCGGAAAGUGACUGGCCAGAAUAUCGACUGGUGAAUGGUUUCGAGUAUCAUUUUGGUGGCAUGUCGGAGUGGCCCAACGACAUGGUUCGUGUGCACCCUGUCGACCGCACGGAGACUGUAAUCUAUUUUCUGGGCAGCCUGGCAGCUCGGCGAUGUCUGAGGGACACGAAAGAAGUGCAUGUUGUCAUCAGUUUGUGCACAUCUGAGAUGCAAAGAAUUCGUGGACAACCUGAAGAAGGCCGGGCUGCAUUCUUGAUUGGAAUGUCUGUGGAACACGUCACGAUCGACGUGGACGAUCCCAGAACAAAGUGGCCCGGAGAAGAUUAUUUUUGCGAAGAGAUGGGCGACUGCUAUUUCGCCGCAUGGCAAAAUAUGUGUAUAAAAAUCAGUCGUUCUCUUUUGGGGCGAGGAGACAAUCUCUCGACUGGCUUGCUGUUUCAUUGUUUUGGUGGCAUCAAUCGGAGCAGCGCUGCUUUGGCUGCGUGGCUGAUUUUCAAGCACGCAAUGAACGCAGACGAUGCCAUUGAUGUGCUCUUGAAGGCACGUCCUACUCUCAAUCCUUGGGUGAAAAGGCCACACAUUUUGUGGGCGCUCAAAACUUGGGAGAAGAGGCGAAAUGACGCCAACGUCGAAGAGAUCGAAGUGUUCAGUGUCCAUGUGACCAAGGUGGAUGCCCGCUUUCCAGCAGUCUCUGCAGUGAUCCGGAAACAAGUUUUGGCGCAAUGUGCAAAGAAACGUUGCGGGUCGCUUCCUGGUACGCAGGAGUCGAGUGGUUUAGCGCAACGUGCAAAGAACCAAUGCUUGCCUAUUGUCUCGCCAUGA